UUGCCAACAUCGACUGCAAAGUGAUUGUUCCCGAAGUCUUCCUGUUUUUCCUUAAUUUAAUGAUGCAAUAAUCGAAUAGCAUUGAUAAACUUUGGAGAGAGUGUACUUGAGAAGAAAGUACGUAUUUUAAGUGGGCUAAAACCUCAAUUCACACGAUGGUGAAGGUAGUUUUCGUGCAUCCAGAUUUAGGUAUCGGUGGAGCGGAGAGGCUGGUGGUCGAUGCCGCCCUUGCGCUGCAAUCUCGGGGCCACUCGGUGAACAUACUCACGGCGCAUCACGACCCCGGACACUGUUUCAAGGAAACCAGUGAUGGCACAUUGGAUGUCAAGGCAGUUGGUGAUUGGUUACCGAGGAGCAUCUUUGGUCGAUGUUACGCCCUUUGCGCAUACAUCCGAAUGAUGUAUGUAGCAUUGUACUUGGUGUUCUUCAGCGGAUUGGUCUAUGAUGUCGUCUUUUGUGAUCAGAUUUCAGCUUGCAUUCCUUUCCUCAAACUGAAGCGAACUAAGGUGCUUUUCUACUGUCACUUUCCUGACCAACUUCUGACGAAGCGAGCAACGUUCCUGAAGCGUCUUUACAGAGGGCCCAUUGAUUGGCUGGAGGAGAAGACUACAGGGAUGGCCCACUGUGUACUCGUCAACAGCAGUUUUACAGCUGAAACUUUUGCUAAGACAUUUCCCUCGUUGAGUCACAUCACACCAGACGUUCUCUACCCCUCUCUCAACUUCGCUGCUUUUGACAAGAAAGUCGAGCCCCUUGGUGACCUGCUCCCAAAGAACACAGACGUCCUCUUUUUGUCCAUCAACAGAUUUGAGAGAAAGAAGAAUCUUGGUUUGGCAGUUGAGGCCCUCGGAAAGCUCCUUGAAAACCCUGCUCAAGUCAAAAGAAAAGUUCAUCUUCUUAUGGCUGGUGGCUACGACGAUCGAGUCACAGAGAACCGUGAACAUUAUUUGGAACUCCGUCAGCUUACAGAAAAGCUCAAGCUCAAUGACCGUGUGACUUUCAAACUCUCGUUCAGCGAUGCCGAAAAACUCACCCUACUCAGUAAUUGCACUUGUCUACUGUACACUCCCAGCAACGAACAUUUUGGGAUUGUUCCGAUCGAGGCAAUGUACAUGAGUCGGCCAGUCAUUGCAGUAAACAGCGGCGGGCCGUUGGAAACAGUAGUCCACGAGAAAACUGGAUUCCUGUGUGAGCCUGAAGCGCAGAGUUUCGCUGACUCCAUGCGGGAGUUUGUGACAAAGAAGAACUUGUCCGAUAAAUACGGAAAGGCCGGGCAUUCUAGGGUCGUUAGUAGUUUCUCUUUCAAAGCAUUCGGGAACAAACUGGAUAGAAUUGUCAAGAAACUUCGGAAGUCAUAGUGUAAAAGAUAUGCUUGUUGAUUGAGAACCUGUGAUUUUUCAUGAUAUAUCAUGUAAAAUUAAAUAGCGCUUGAUAACUUU